UUCACUUUCUACCGUGAUGGCGGUGGCUCGGCGGCUGGCGGCUGUGGCGCUGCUCGGCCUGGUCUCGCUGCACGCGGCAGGUGGGCAGCUCUCGACAGAUGACCAGUGCCCAAUCGACGACCGGGUGGCCCUGAGUAACUGCCUGGCCAAUGGCCUUGAAAAGCUGCGGCCGUUCUUCAGAACAGGGAUACCAGAAAACAACGUUCCACCCGGCGACCCGCUGGUGCUGGAUGAGCUCGUCUUCUCACGGGACGGAAUGGACGCCAAAUACUCCAACGUGAUCGUGCACGGAUUAUCCUCUUUCGAACUGCGCAGCCUUGACGUGGACCCGGUAGAGCGCACGGUGGCGUUUGACCUCAGCGUGCCAGAGGUCGACUUGACGGGCGACUACGACGUCAGGGGAAGCUUUCUCGUCCUGGUAGUUACCAGCCGCGGCAACUUCUCCUCCCAGCUCAGGGCGGUGGAUGUCAUUGGCUCUGGUGACCUGGUGGUCCAGCCAGCGCAGGCCGGGGGGCGGUCAGCGCACGUCCAGAUGGAGAAUCUUCUCGUCCAGCUGGAGUUCGGAGAGACGCACCACGAGCUGGACUUCAGCCCGGACACACACCCGGUCAUUGGCGAGACGGUGCGACAUCUGGUGACCAAGAACGACCGCGUCCUACUACAGGAGGUGCGGCCCGAGCUCGAGGCCAAGGUGGCCGAGCUGAUGUCUCGCCUCGUCAACCAGGUGCUCACCGUUCUGCCCGUGGACGCCAUAGUGGACCGAACGCCACAGGCCAGCCACUUAUCACAGGCGACGCUGCCGGCGGCGCGACCCGGCACAGAUGGCAGCACUGUUUCGCUGCCGGCAGUAUAAUGCAGACCGGGGCUCGGCCGCGCCGUGCAGGCUUGGGGCCAAGAUUGGUUGGGACAAGAUCUGAGGAUUUGGAGUCAGAAUGUGUUUUACGAUCAACUAUAAACGUUCAAUAAACAGUCGGACACCGAAA